UGAUUGAUAAAAUCAGUUAACACUCGGAGGACUUUACUGGUACUUGCUACCAAUUGGAACCUUAAAAUCGUCACAGAAUAUUAUCUAUUGGACUUAUCUCGAUGAAUUUAGCAUCUAUGUGUAGGGAAUUAUAAUUACUUUAAGAUAGCAGAAAAAAAAUCUUGAGAAAAGUCUUUUCUUUGGAAGAUAAUUGAGGUCACAGUCAGAAUGCAACGCGGAGGAUCAAAUUGGUAAUAACUACCAGUCAAAAUCCCAUACAUUUUAGCCAUGGUUUUGAGGUUAUGUUUCCCCAUAUUUCCCAAAUAAAGUACUCUUGUUCACUUUUCCUCGGUGAAAAUCAUUAAUAUAGACUAAUUUUAUUGCCGGAAGUGACUAAAAAGUUACUUGAAGAAUCAAAGUUUGUGAUAAUUUAGGCGCAAUAAUAAAUUAAGCAAAACUGCAGCUGAAAAAGUCGUUUGAAUUGGCAAUUUUGCAUCGAUUCGACGUAAUUUUUUUUCAGUGACGAUUUUCUCAAUUAAAUAUUUAGUAAUUAGGUGAAGGAAUGCUUGAAGGAGAUUGAGAAUUAGUGAAACUUUCGAUCCUUGUUCAAUAAACUGAUUAAUAAUUAAUUAUUGAGCAUAUUUUAUCAACUGAUACUUAUUACCAAUUUGAUCCUCCGCGUUGUGCCAAAUGUUGGGUCCUCCAAGUGUUAAACAAGCAGUCCAAGCAGUACAGGAAGUCCUGAAAAGUAUCUUCAAAGAGUAAGUGAAUAAUUCUGCCGGAAAAGAUUAUAAAAAAAAAACAUUUCAAUAUUGUUUGUUUUCAUCAUCAGCCGCUGAAAGACUGCAGUGAUACGGAAUCUCCGGAAUAAAGGAUAUACCUGAUCCGGCUUAGCUGCUGACGCUAUGACAUACCUUCUUUAAUCCUUAUGACCCUCAGUUACUCAAACAAUACGAAUUUUUGAAGUUACUCAAAACAACACGGCUCUGCGAUGACAACACUACAUCCGGUGAUUCCAUGUCCUGUAAUCCAAGAUGUUUUCCAACAAUGCACUUCCAUUCUGAACAUAAUUGCCCAACACAGUGACUCUGUGCAGGAAUGUGGAGUCUGCAGUGAACACAACGAAAGCAUUGCUUUGCUCAAAGCUCAAAUGACCAUUCUUGUGGGAAUAUUUCCUCGGCAGAUACUCAAAACAGAAUUCACUGAUUCAGAUAAUGCAUCAAAUGGAGCUGAAAACAAUACUGAUGAGUUUGAUCUCAAUGAACACGAUACACAAAUGCAAAUAGAACAAACAGUCGAAGAGGAAGAAUCAAAAGAUGAAUUCAUCCAUCUUCCGGAGACAAUAGUUAUAGAAAACUUUCCACAAGAACAAAUACUCAAGAAAAGGAAGAAAGCUAAAGCGAGGAACUGCACAAAGAAAUCAAAGGAGGAAUUACAACUUUCAGAUCAUACAGAAGAAGAUUCUGCGGGGAAGUCUUUUGAAUGUGGGUACUGCGGGAAGAUUUAUAUAAGAAAGAGAUAUUUCAUUUCUCAUUGUCUCCGGCAUCUUAAGAAAAAUAAGCCUAAAAAGAGAAACAGGAAAAAGAAUGAAUAUAAAUGCAAUACUUGCAAUAAGAUUUGUUACUAUAAGAAGAGUUUGGAGGACCAUCAGCGGAUACAUACUGGAGAAAAGCCAUUUGAGUGCACCAUUUGCGGGAAAGCUUAUCACUCAAAUCGUCUUUUAUCUGAUCAUAAAACUAGACACGCUAAUAAGGACUUGGGUACCUUCAAAUGUAAAAUAUGCAGUAAAAUUUUAUCCUAUAAGGAACGAUUAGUAGAACAUAUGAGGAAGCACACGGGAGAGAAAACGGCUCAAUGUGAUAAGUGUGGUAAAACAUUUCACGGACAAUUGGCUCUAUAUAGCCACAGAAGGAUGCAACAUGGAUUUGGAAAAACUGGAAAAGCUCCAUACCAGGGUAAACGCUACAAUUGUGAUAUAUGUGGAAGAUCUAUUCUUGGCAAAACAAAAUUCACAGAGCACUUAAGGAUACAUACAGGAGAGAAGCCCUUUGACUGUCCUUUCUGUGACAAAAAAUUCUCACGAAAAACUAAACUAAAUAUUCAUAUAGGUCGAAUGCACAAAACACAGAAAGCUCAUAAGGAUUAAUAAAAAAUGUUGCAACCAAAA